UGGUGAGUCAACACACCUGCUGACCACCCAAACCCCCUUGAGAGACAGAUCUCAUGAAAUCAAGGGUGCUGUGUCCAGACCAGUUAUCAUCAUUGAGGGAAUGGAAGGUGAUGAGGUGGUCCUGCGGUGUGAGGCUGAAGGCUGCUACCCAGAACCUGUCAUGGAGUGGUGUGACGCUCAGGGACGUGUCCUUCCUGCUGCUGGACCUACAGAGACGUCCAGAGACCGUGAAGGCUGCUACACUGUGACAAGCCAUGUCACCGUCCCGAACUCUGACAACAACACCUUCACCUGUUGGGUUCAACAGUUGGAGAUCAAACACAUGAAGGAGAGACAGGUUCAUGUUCCAGAUCAAAUGUUUCCUAAGACUUGUCAUUCCUGCUGGCUGACAGUUCUUGGAGCAGUUUUUGUUGAAGCUGUAGCUGUUGCUGGAGGUCUCUACCUGUUGAUAAAAAAAGGGAUAUUGACCCUCAGAAAGGAAGCGUGGACGUUAGUAAUGAAGAACAAGGAGACGACGAAGAAUGAGGAAGAUGAAGCCAGUGGCACAACUAGCACUGCGAUGUUACAAGGACCUUCACUAUGACUAUAUAGGAAUAUGCAUGGUUAUGUUUACAUUUUAGUAAUUUAGGAGACGCUCUUAUCCAGAGCAACUUACAGGAACAAUUCGGGUACAUUGGCAUACUUUUCAUCUUGUGGUUCAGGGAUUUGAACCAGCGACAUUGGUUACCGGCCCCAUGCUCUUAACCACUAGUCUACCUGCCACUCCAUAUAUGGCACUGUGUCAGAAGCAUUAGUUUU